AUGUGCACACCAUGGACAAUUCCAAGGUUUGUCAGAUGGAGAGUGAGGGACUGGGCUUCUUGUUUCUUGGCUUGCAGGUUUCCUAUAGAUGAUGAACCAAAUACAUAUCGUUCUUCAUCACCUCAACCAGUGAAAAAUAUGUCUUUCGACAAAAAGGGUGAUAGUAAAGUCAAUCAGAAUAACAAAAAAAUGUCAUGGCACAAAAAACGCAGCAAAGAGAAACGACCAAAACUCAGUUCCACACAACAACCUAAAGACUCCAACAACAACAUUCCAGUUGAAAAUGGCGCUGAUGAAGCACGUUGGCCACAUUUUUCAGAUGAAGAAUACAUAGUAUUCUGCUUUAGAGAGGAUGGAGCAUUUGAUGUAGUCAAAGAUGGAAAGCCAGAAACUUCCAAACCCUUUGACUGCACGUCCAGAAAUUCAAGACCUGUAAACCGAAAGCUUAAUUAUGUUGACGAAGCCAAAACAGUUGUAGAAAGGUAUAGCAAUGAGGAAAAGUUGAAGAGAGAUGGACAUGAUAUUUUCCCUACAAAUGAUGGAGGUGUUAGGAUCUCUGACCAAAAGGAUGAGGAAGAAGAUUGCAUAUACUUCGAUACAGAAUCGCCUACACAUGGAUUCAGAAGGAGAUAUCAAAGUGAGGAGGUUGAAGACCGUGGCCUGGUAUCAGUAGAAUCAAGUGAAUCCAAUCUAUCAGAUGGCAGUUCACGCUCUUUUGCCUUCCCUGUGUUGGGUUGGGAAUGGAUGGGUAGUCCUGUGCAGAUGCCAAAAUCAGAAGGCCUGCAGUUAAGGAAGCACAAGGCCCGUUUUGUGGGCUUUCAGUGUUGUAAAUUCUGAAUUUUGCUGUCUCUGUCUCUUUCUCCGUUCUCUUCCACUCUCCCUCAAUUUUGUCUCACGUAGGAUUGGA